AUGGUAUUUUUGAUAAUUUUGAUUGGAAUUUCUAUAGGCUUUAGUGAUGCCAAGUUCCAGAUAGUUGAUCAUAAAUACAAUUCCGGGGUUAGAAUAGAAGGAGAAACACUCGAGAUGAGAUGUAGAUCGAAUAAUCAUUGGGAGUACUGCACUUGGAGACAUAUAACUGGUUCUGGAGGGGUCAAACAAUGCGAUUUUGAAUGGAAACGUAUGACGGGAAAGGUUCAAGUGAUGGAUUGCCACUCUGAGGUCUCUCACAGAGUAUCUGUAUCGGGAGAUUAUGAGAAACAUGAAUGCGGACUUAAGAUAGAAAACAUUACAAUGGAAGAUUCAGGAACAUGGGAAUGCGAGAUGGAGGAGUAUAUACUGCUAGGGGGAAAAGGAUCAGGAGCUAAGGAUGAACAUAUUUUUAAUAUCGAGGUUCAUCAAAAAACUACAGAACCAGUUGUGCAAUCCUCAACCAGUGCAUCAGCUGACUCCACCACAACAGCUGAGUUUGUGACAACAGCUGACUCGGUUACAACAGCUGUCGACGGUUCAUCAAUUGAGUAUAAUUAUGAUGAACCUGAUCUAUCCGUUGAAGAACAUCUCCGUCAUGAAGAUUUUGAGAACAAGAUUGUGGAUGAAAGCGAUCUUGAAUACACAGCAGAUUCUGAAAAUGAUUCUGAUGCUCCUAUUUAUGAACCUAAUGAUUAUGAUGAUUUGAAUACAACAAAACAUCAUGGUAAUUCAAGUCGUUUAAGUGGUGAGGAAGUAACUGGUGAAGAAGAGGAAGGAGAAGUUGGUCUCAUCCUAGGAACCUGUGCUGCUCUUGCCUUAGUUACAGCCGGGGUUAUAACAGUUCUUGUUUUUCUGAAGAGAAGGAUGGAUUUUCAUGAUAUCGUAAAAAUGCAAAAGUUGAGAGAGAACGAACAGGCUGGAUUUAUUACAGACGAUACUAACGAUGUAACAAUCAUUGAUAUUUCAAGAAUAGAUAAAUAACAAACAUAAUGUAUUAAUGCAAAUAAAGUAUUAUUGAUUUUUUU